UUUGAGCGCUUGCCAACCGAUCUCAGAAAGGAGACUGUGGUGACAGAUUAUUAAGUGAUUUUAAUGAGGUUUGUUAGUGCUCUGUGCUUUAUCAGAAUUCCUGUUGAGGUUUCUGAAGGGCGGAAUUGCCUGUUAAUCGAGAUAAAAAGUUGUAAACCAAUUGGUUUCCUGAAUUUAAUAGACAUUUACAAUUUGCUUAUUUUAUUCUUCUUUUAGAGCUGAGAAGAAUUAGUUUUUUCCUCUAUGCUGUAAGCACGAGUACAAUCCUAGGUAGUUUAGGCUAUUUUUUCCAAUGUAUGAGAGAAAACUUUUUCCAACACAUGAAAGAGAACUUUUCAACUUGAAAGCAAUGAAGAACUCUUGAAAAACUCAAUUAGUUGUAUGGACAGAUAAACUUACUAUUGGAAAUAAAUGCAAGGCACUGCUUCAAGUGCAGAGUCAAAAUCAUCUUCUAUCCAAUCUGUACUCCUGGCCUCUUGGUCAAGUCUGCAGCAUUGUCAAGCUGAAACCCCAGAAAGAUGCUUCCCAGAGAAGAAGAUGGCAUCAGGUAACCCCAAAGAACUGGAUCCAGGAAGUCAUCCUGCACAGAUAGGAGAGGGCACUCUGGAAACUGAGUCCGUGUCACUGGCAGUAGGGGAAGGGUUCCCAAAUGCAAUUUCUCUCUCAUUUUCUGUCAAGAGUCACUCUGCACAGGAUCUCAAUCUACAGCUACAAGAGGUGGCAAGAAAGAAAUUAUGGGCCCUGGAAAAUGACGAUAAAGAUGUUUGUGCUGUUUUCAAGGAGCUGUCAGCCAGACUGGCAUGCAUCCAGGCACAGGAGAAUCGCUUUCUACUUUCCUUCAGAACUGUGGAAGAAAUCUGGAAGUUUUCCACUUAUUUGGCACUUGGAUAUGUGGGUUGCUGCCUGGAACACCUUCUCUUCAGUCCCGAGUACUGGUUGAACUGUGCUCAAGUAGAUGAUACUGAGAUCACUGUCACUGUUGAUGAGGACUGCAUGACCACCAUGUAUCUGGGUCUUCUCCUCCAGGAAGGCAAUUUUUUUGCCAGAGCAACACUCACUGUCCCUGCAGAGGAAGAAGAAGAGGAUUUAAAGCUCCUCAAGAAUGAAUUAGUCCAUGUGAAAGACAUUGGACAUGAAACUAAGUGGGAAGGGACAUCAUUGUUGACCGAUCAGAGAGGACUGAUUCAUGUCACAACUAUAGAGCCAUUGCCCCAUCCCUUUUACCAGUGGUUUUUGAAGAAUUAUCCAAUCAGUUGUGGCAUAUCCAAAGAAAUCAGUGGGCCUGACUCUUUGCAGAUUGGCCAAGGGAGGUGCACAGCUACUGAAGAUCACAGAGGAAAAAGCUGGGAUGAAUUGAGUUACUGCAAAGGGGAUAUCCUAGAGGUGAUCGGCUUUCUCAUUCCAGGUCUCCGUUGGUUUAUAGGGAAAUCCACAACUAGCGGGAUAAUUGGCUUUGUCCAAACCAAAUCAGUGCAGCUUGAGAGUUGUGAAUCAAUGAGAAACAGCCCAGUGUUUUUUAGUGAAGAAGAAAUUUCUGCCUUCUUCCAGGCUCCUUGUAAUGGCAAUGAGGUAUAUUACAGUAAUCUUCUUAAUGAAUGGGCACAGACAGACAUCACCUCUGUAUAUAGACUGGAUGGCUUUGAACCUAUUGUGAUGUACCCACAAAGACCACCAGAUGCUGCUGUACAUGGACAUAAGAAUGGUUGGAUGUUUGAAAAUUGGGGGAAGCAAUCUUACAACAGUUUAUGUACUCAGACUGAUUCUGAGAAGUCAACUCCAGUGGCUGAAUCCUCACCUUCCACCCUUGAACAUUUACUUCUGCCAGAGCCAGAUGACCUUGAUGACCCCAAGUUCUUUAUUGAUCUAAAUGCUGGGCAUAUGGAAGACUGUGAUGUGUUUGAUCCUAUAUUGACUUUCCUCAAUCAAGAUAGCUAUGUGCCACAUUUCCAAAGUCUGUAUGAUCUCUCUUUUUCCUUCCUCAGUUCUACCUUCUAUGGUUUCACCAGUGAAGAGGAGUUAGUCGUAUAUCUGGAAACAUCCAGGAACUGGGCUAAGCGGGGCCACCUUGGUUGGGCUCACAUUCGGAUAUGCUAUCUUUUGGGCCGCCUCUGUGUCAGGAAGGCCAAGUUCUCCCAAGCGCGAGUCUACUUCGAGGAAGCCAUGAAUGCUAUGGACAAGGGGUUCGAAGAUCUACCUCUACUUACAUCAUUGCAUGCCAACCUUGCUGCCAUUUAUUUAAAGCAAAAGAUGAAGCAAAAGUUCUUGCCUAUGAUUGGGAAAGGCAUGACACUUCUGGCCUGCUUGUCUGGACACUGCUUCAGUUCUGAGACUGAACUAGAGGUUGUAAUGUACAUCCUGAGAGAAGCCAUUACUGUAAGCAAUACAACAAUGGAGAUUAGGUCCUGCUUCCUCAUUGUCAGACUCUUCUUGCAGCUGGGUAAAUAUGAUGAGGUUCUUCCUUUUGCAGAACGCUUGCAGUUUCUGAACGCACAGCUCACCAGCCAGGUUACCAGCACGUAUCCUUUAGAUACAAUGCCUUUUCUCGCCUAUCUGUAUGAAAAAAAGUAUGUGCCCCAUGUAGCUUUGGCGGCUGCCAGGAUGUACUCCCCUAGCAAUAUAAAAAGUGGCUUCACACCCAUUUGGAGAGCUGGAUUCAUCCUUGCAAACACCUCUAAGCUCUUGAAAGCCCAAGAGAAAAGCCACAACAGCAUCUCAGCGCUGGCUUGCUUCUAUCUGCAUUGCGGGUUGUCCUUCUCCCACGAAGCUGGGACUGUAUCAACUGAAAAGGCCUUGUGUGCACUUUUAUCCAAAUUGUACCUCAAAUACGGCAUGCUAGAAAAGGCUGUGCAUUACUCCAAACAAGCUGUUGCCCUGAGUAAAGUGAUGGGUGAAGAAGAAGCAUUUGAAGCAUCCCUUUCUUUGGGGUGGCUGUUUACUUUGAACAAUCAGCCAGACAAGACCUCAGAGAUCAUGCAAUAUCUCCUGUGUUCCCUGCGGCAGACAGACAGUGUCACACAAGAUGGGGUGGUUCACAAUCUUUUAGCCAUUGCCCUUAAAAGAGAGGGGCAGGUGCAAAAGGCAGCAGAGAACUACUUCUGGGCCUUGAAGAAAGCCCAGGAAAAUGGAAAUCAGCGGAACCAAGCCAUUGCCUUAGCCAACUUUGGUUGCCUAAUCACAUCUUUGGGGGCUUACUAUUUAGGAGAAUACUAUUUUCUCCAAGCCAUUCAGUUGUAUUUUGAACUCCAGGAUGGUGAUGAUACACAAAUGGAACUGGUGCACAUUUUGUUAUGGUUGGCUCAGUCCAAGCUAGAGAGAUGUAAGGCAGAAGAAGGCAUCAUCUUUUACGAGAUGGCCUUGGCCAUUGCCUUGAAGACUCAAAAUGUGAUAAGUCAACUUCAUGUCACUGAGUCCCUCUGCCAUUUCUAUAGUAAAGUGCAUCCUGAUACUAGAACCUGCAUUCUAUACCAUGAGCAUCAAGUUCUCCUACUUCGGCAACUUCAGAACAGAGAAAAAGAAGGACACCUUUUACAGGACCUCAGCCAACUCUACCAAAGUUUACAUACACCCAGGUCUUUGAAACAGGCAUUGGACUGUACCAAGCAGAGCCUCAGAAUAUUUAUUGACCUGGAGGAAAUUGUUAAAACAGCUCAGGCCUGGUUACAGGCUGGUAGGCUCUAUUAUCAAAUGCAAGAGAACGAACUUGUGGAAAUGUAUUUACAGGCAUCCAUAGAGACAGCACUGAAACCCAAAGAGCUGCACCUGGCCAUGGGAUUAUAUGAAGAGGCAGGAGAUGUCUUCUUCAAUGGAAUCAGGAACAGGCAUCAGGCAGUGGAAUAUUACAGGGGAGGAGCUAUACCUUUGGCCAGGAAAUUGAGAGACCCACAAACGGAGUUGAGAGUGUUCAACAAGCUAGCUGAACUCCAAAUCGGGCUCCACAAUUAUGAAAAUGCUUUGGAAUUUGCUACCCUGGCAGUCAGACUCAGUGUGGAUGUAGGAGAUCAUUUGCAAGAAUUGGUUGCCUUUCAUCGGCUGGCAACUGUGUAUUACCUUCUGCAAAUGUAUGAGAUGGCUGAAGACUGUUACCUGAGGACGCUCUCUUUGCAUUCACCAGAAUUGCAAGGGGUUCAAGAAGCCAUAUAUUACUCCAGGGUUUACUACCGGCUAGGAGAUCUCACUCUCCACAAAUUAAAGGAUGAGCAAGAUGCAGCCAGUUACUUCUUCUUGGCCUUGGCUGCUACCACUGAAUUUGAUGACCGCAAUUGGCAAGGCAAGAUCCAAGCCAGGCUGGCUCAAAUAUUUACUAAUUCCCAAACAAAUAAGAGCCCAAGAGGGUGGACAACAUAUCGGGCCCGAUGGUUAAGUGAAGGAAGACAUGAUGUAUGAUCCAUCUGUUAUGGAAUUCACAGCUCAUGAAGAAAGGACAUCAUUGUCCCUCUGCCAAGAAAAGAAGAGAAUCAUCAUCUGGUGCUUCUAGUCCCUUGUGUUUCUGAAUGAAUAGAAAUCUUGUGGGCUGUUGUAAAUGGAUAUACACUGGCCAUCAGCUCACGUGUUCUGACUGAAAAAGCAAGCUCAUAUUUUUUUAUUUUCUCAACAACAUGUAAAGAAGACUCAUUCACAUACAUGGGCCUUAUUUAAGAGAUUAGAGGGUGCAAAAGAAUCAGUUGAAGCACGAUUGAGAGACAGUUUGGUGUAGUGGGCAUCAGGUUAGAAACUGGUUGACUGUGAGUUCUACUCCCACCAAAGAAAGUUGGGUGACCUUGGGACAGCCACUUUCACACAAUAGCCAAUCACUUCUGAAAAACCUCACCAAGAAAACAGCAGAAUUUUCCAGGCACUAUCUAAGAAUCAAUAUGACUGAGCGGGAGGGCGAAAAGAGCAAGAUAAUGACUGCACAACAUAGGAGCUGAAAAGGUGUGUGUGUGUGCAGAUUGUCUGUGAUAAGAAAUAAAUGGGGCUGAUCCUUGGAGAGGAUAUUCAACCUGCAUCCAUUCAUCCUCAGUGCCAAAAGGCAAAGUCAUUUACAAGAUAGACAUCAACAGCCUGAACAAAAGAGAAAAAGUGCGAAAAAAACGCUCUUGCAGCAAAUGUGAUUCUUUGUUCCUGUGUUAUCACACCAGCAUCAGUUAUCUGUGCUUAAACCAGGAAGGGGGAAGAAUCUACCCAGCCACAGCUCCUCUCAAAAAGUUAAGCAAAGCUAGAUCUAUGUUUCAAUGGAAAACAUGAAAUCCCAGGGCUAUAAACCGGCUAUGGAGUUAAAAAAAAAAGCAUCACAACAAAUUGCUUCUAUAUUAUUGGCAAGAAAAUAAUGCAAGAACAUGCAUAAAGUCACCAAGUGCCAAGUAUAACUCAAAUACUUAUCAGUAUUUAUAUUUAUUUUGGUUUCUCAUUAAUAUCUGCCUCAUGCAUCAUAUAAACUAAAUUAAGAUCCCAAAAUUAUCCUUUGGAAAGGAUGGAACCCAGAAUACCAUAUCCUAAGAAUGAUUAAAUGAGCUCUUCAGAGGUAUCUCCUUCCUUCUUAAUGAUUUGCACUGAUCCUGAAGAAGAAAAGAAAAAGGUUCCUGUAUAUCUAGAGAAGGAAACACAUGCAUGGAAGCCUCUUGGGAAAGCAAAGACACCUGCAUACUCAGCCAGAUGUAUUGGGCUUCCAUACUGCUGGAGGGUAGCUACAAAACUUUCGAAUUCUUUGUCUCAGUCAGAUACCCUCAAGAAGAGCAUGCUUACUACCCCACCAUAGCUCUAUCUGACAUGUAGCUCAUUGGAUUACCUUGAAUCAUUUGCUCUCUGCCCAGCCUACCUCACAGGGUUAUGAAGGUUUGUUAACAAGCUACAUAUGAGAUGAUCUCUAUGCAUGAUGACUUGAUUUGAUCUCUUUAGAAGAAAGUUAGGAAAUAAAGACACAUUUCUUUUUGCCUGUAAACUAUUGACUGUCCUCAUAGCCAAGAAUCAAACAUUUGUUUUCAAGCUUCUUUUUUUUCAGAAUAGAAAUGUGCUUUUUUAAAACAAAAAAAAGGAAGUUUGACAUUCUUAGGAGGCUUAAUGAUGUGCUAGCUUUGAGGUGCUACAGAGGUACAGACCAUCUUGUAGCCCCACCAAGUAUAUUUGGUUCAAAUGAAAACUCAAAGCCAAUUGUCCAGAGUUUCUGCAUGUGGAAAUAUUUUGAUAUGACCAGGGCUGAAAGUGGGAAGCUGAACUGAGAUAGGCUCAUUUUUGAUGCUGUGUAAUUGAAUUGCGCUUCCUUUAAAGUCAGGGUAUAAAUAUUUUAGGGGCCAAAGACUGUAUCUGUCUUCUGAAUAGCAUGCCAGAAGUGAGAUCCAUAAAGGGAGUGUGACCAGCAUUACAUCUGGGUUAAUUAAAUUUAAAAUUAAACAAAUCAGAUACAACAGUAGGAUAACUCCCCAAUUCCUAUAUUUUUCCCUUGAAAAUUAUUAACAGAAUUGGAGCAAUUCUGGGGCUCAGAAGCCUUGGAGAGCAGCAGAUUGUUUCAAUCAAAUCAUUUUGCUUCAUGAAACAAUCUUUGAAACAUCUUGCCUUGCCUCUUAAGAUUUUGUUUUUGAAAUAUAAUACAGACACAAAUUCACCUUAUUCUGUUUUUUACAAGAACAUUCUAGAGGAGCUUGUCCAUCCAUUUCCAUUCUGUGAUGAAUCGGAUAUCUCGACAAUUUAGAGCAGACCUGAUUCCCCAUGCAAUAAAUAAUGGUUAUGUCAGAUUGUGUUUUGAAUAUUAAGGAAGAAACACAAACCAGGUGCAAGCUUUGUCUCUCUUCCUCUGUCUACUGGUGAGACCCCUGGGGGACUUUCCCUGACCUGCUUUGUGUCUGAAUGUUGAGUUUUGCACAAAGGUAUGAAUCAAAGUAAUGAAAGAUAGGUCACACCAAAACUGGAGAAGUAUUCACGAAAUUAACAUUGUGUGUGAAAUCUUCUCGGUUAUACUAGCAGCCAUUCUGAAGUAGGAUAAUUAUAAAUUUUUCAAUUCUCUGCCAAGCACUGCUAACAGCCAUUCACAAUGACUUCAGAACAAAUGUUGCAGCACCAAAUAAGUAGUAAAUACGACAGGUUCAAAAUUAGACUACAUGUUAUUUAUGCAGAUGGCUCGAGGCAAUUUUCUUUUAUUACCUUUCAUGAAAAAUGCCUCCAAUAGAAAAUCUGGAUUUGUCUGAAAGACCCACUUAGUAGCUUCUAGACACGAGCUAAUGAUCUGAUUCUGUAUGAGAGCUACCUAUGUUUAUAUAUGGAUCCUGGGUAUUAUCACUGAUUAAACAGAUUUUAGCAUUUGCUUUUUACUUGUACCAUAGCUCAGCUCACCGUUAGAGGGCAAUAAAGGCAGUAUUUUCAAUUCCUUUA